GGAAGCACUCACACAGUCUGGUCACUCUGCCACGAAGGCAUAUUUCGCAUACAAAUAGAAUCCAGGAAUCUACAAAUUCUACUUAAAAUGACGAGUUCUAGGACAACCAAGUCCUAGUCCGUCUUCGGAGAUAGUGAGUGAGGCUCCGUCAGUGCCCUAGCACUAGAGUGAGAUAGACACACAUAAAGAGAAAGAGAGAGAGAGAGCGGGAAAGAGAGGGGAGCCAAAAGGAGCAUCACAUCGUGAUUGAAUUGCCAGGACAUCCUGGUCCUUCAGUUUCCAACUCCCGGCCCCCAAAAGUACCAUCAUCAUGAUGCCCUACAAUGUACGAAAUGCCGGAGGUGGCUCUGUGGGCGGAAUUCUACGCAAAACAGGCACAUCCUUGGUAUCCUCGUCCACGUCCUCGAUGGGACACGGCGGCAGCAUCAUCAACUGUAAUAGUAAUGGAAGUGGAGCAACUGGUGGAUCUGGAGCUGGCUAUAGUCACGAUAGCAACCGACAACCGCCGUUGGAGCUGCUCGUCUUUGGAUAUGCCUGCAAGAUAUUUCGGGACGAUGAGAAGGCGCGCGAAAUGGACCACGGCCGGCAGCUGAUCCCCUGGAUGGGCGAUGUAAAUCUCAAGAUAGACAGGUAUGAUGUGAGAGGCGCCCUCUGUGAACUGACGCCACACGAGGCGCCACCUGGUGGCUAUGGCAAUCGCCUGGAAUACCUCAGCGCCGAGGAGCAGCGGGCCGAGCAGCUGUGCGAGGAGGAGCGCUAUCUAUUCCUCUACAACAACGAGGAGGAGCUGCGUAUGCAGCAAGAGGAGGAUCUGAAACGAUUGCAGCAAGAGACCUCCGGUGGAAGCUAUAGCCAGGUGGGCUUCCAAUACGAUGGCCAGUCUGGGGCAGCGGGAGCAGCCGGCUCCUCGACCACUCCAGCCCAGCUCUCGCCCAACUCGGAGGAGAGUGAACAGCCCUUUGUCCUUCCACGCACCCUGAUGAUGGUUCCUCCACUGGACAUGCAAUUGCCAGAGACGAUGAAACAGCAUGCCAUUAUUGAGAAGACGGCUCGAUUCAUCGCCACCCAGGGCGCCCAAAUGGAGAUCCUGAUCAAGGCCAAGCAGGCCAACAAUCCCCAGUUCGACUUCCUCACCCAGGGCGGCUACCUGCAGCCCUACUAUCGUCACCUGCUGGCGGCCAUUAAGGCCGCCAAGUUUGCUCCCGACUCAGAGGCUUCCGGAGAUCAGAAGCAACAGGAUCAGGAUCAAGACUCUGCGGCAGUGGACGGCGGACAAGGCGAGGAGAGUGGCGCGAGGAGGGCGGCCCAAGUGGUCAUCACAGUGCCCACCAUUAAGUACAAGCCCUCGGCGAAUUGUGCCUACACCCAGCUGAUCAGCAAGAUCAAGGGCGUGCCUCUGCAGGCGGUGCUGCUCGAGGAUGAGGGCAGCAAUGCCGGCAACUCACAGCACUCCGGAGGCACUGCCUCGCCCACGCUAAGCUGCCGAUCCGAGGGCCAUAGUCAGGGAGGGGAGUUCACGCCCGUGCUGCUGCAAUACAAUGGGAGUACGUUUGCCCACGAGGAGGAGACGGUGCAGGAGCAGCCGGAGGCGAAUGAGGCACCGCCACAGGUGGAGCUUCUCAAGAACACCAGCGCACUGGCCCUGGCCCAAAACUAUAGCUCCGAAAGCGAGGAGGAGGAGGAGGAGCCGGCGCCCAAACCGGAAGAGAAGAAACCCGAAGUAAUCCUCAAGUUCCCCGUUCCCGAGGAAAACCUGCGACAUAUCAUCGACAAGACGGCCACGUACGUGAUCAAGAAUGGUCGCCAGUUCGAGGAGACGCUGCGCACAAAGAGCGUGGAGCGUUUCAGUUUCCUGGUGCCGGAGAACGAGUUCUACGCCUACUACCUCUACAAAGUCACCGGUGAUGUGGACGCCGCCUCCAAGGAGCAGAAGACUCGCAAGGCUGCCGCCGUGGCAGCAGCUCUAAUGUCCAAGAAGGGUCUCAAGUUUGGAGGAGCAGCAGCAGCGGCUGGGAAUAGUCUGGACAAAGGACCUGUUAGCUUCUCCAUACGGGCCCGAGAUGAACAUACUCCGCUGCAACCGACCAUGCCUCAGGAGGUCAGCGACGAGGAGGCCAGUUCGGUGGCAGGAUCAGAGCAGGUUCGUCCCGGAAUGCCCGACAGCGUUCAGCGGGCCAUCAAGCAGGUGGAGACGCAGCUCCUGGCCAGAACCGCAAACCAAAAAGCAGGCGCCUCCUCUUCUUCCAACGAACAGCGACAAGCUGAAGAUCGCGUAAAGGACAAGCUGGCCCAGAUAGCCCGGGAGAAGCUGAACGGCAUGAUAUCCCGGGAGAAACAGCUCCAGCUCGAGAGGAAACGAAAGGCUCUGGCAUUCCUCAAUCAAAUCAAAGGUGAAGGUGCCAUUGCGGCGGCCUCGCUCCCGGGAAGUGCUCCCAAUCCUCCUGAAGCUGCGGCGGGUGUUUCCCGCAACGACAGUGACAACGAAUCCAACGAUUCCGUGCGCUCCAUACCCAUCACCUACUUCGGACCUGACGACGACGACGAUGACGAGGGAGACGCCCCAACCGAGGAGAAGCCCAAGGAGGACAAGGAAAAGGAGAAGACCCACAACGAAGAGGAGGAGGAGGAGGACGAGGAGGAUGACGGUGAUCUGGAAAAGUACAAUCUGCUGAACGAUGACAGCACCAAUACCUUCACCAGCAAACCCGUGCCGACGAUAGCCACUCCUCCGCUUCCACCGCCGCCAGCGACGUCGGUCCUCCUCUCCGACGACGACGACGUCCAGGUGGUGGCCACAUCCACAAAAUCCUCCGGUUCGCGUUCCUACAAGACCCACCGGCGCAGCAGGAGUCGGUCUAGAAGUCGCACGAGAAGCAGUUCCGCCAGUGUCUCCAGCCGAACCUCCUCCCAUCGACGCCGCCAAAGACGCAAGGAAACAAAAGAACCAUCUCAGGCAUCAGCCUCGUCAUCCACCAGGAAAUCGGCAUCUGUAUCGCAGUCCUCUUCCCGCCGCAAGAGUCCCAAGAAGCGACGCCGCAGCCGGAGCAAGUCGCGCAGCAGCCGGACCAGUCGCCGCAGCCGUUCCCGAAGCACAGCCAAGAGCAUACGCCGGAGCAGGUCCAGCAGCAAGUCGCACAGCCGGCGGACGCCCAGCAAGAAGAGUCACAAGCGCCACAAGAGACGCCGACGCAGCAGCUCCGCCUGAUCUCCAUGAUCACCACCAGUAGCUUCUCGCUCGCCCAUCAUUCUCGGCCAUCAUUGCGUUUUGAAAAUUUUAGGUAUUUUGUCCAUAGACCGUAUCCCUCAAUAAAGCACCGAGCAUAUUUUUGUAAA